UCCUCAUAUAUCCAUAAUGGAUAAGAGGCAACCUUGAACCUUGUCUCUUGGUACGUUCCGCUAACAUUGAGGCUCGCUAUCUGAAAUGGCGAUUUCUCAGUUCACUUUUUCAGUCACAGUCUCAACUUCAUCUUCAAAACUCUCACCUUUUCGUGCAUUCGGAGCCUCAGCUUCUGAGUCAGUGCAUUGCCAACACACACCCAGAAGGGAAUUCUUGAAGGGUAUUGCGUUGCAUGUUCUUCCACUUGUUGUUUUGAGAGAGCCACCACCUCCUUCACAAGCUAGAGAAAUUGAGGUUGGCUCCUUCCUUCCACCUUCCCAAUUAGACCCUUCUUUCGUUCUCUUCAAAGCUUCUCCCAAGGACACUCCCGCCCUUCGAGCAGGAAAUGUGCAGCCAUACCAGUUUAUUCUCCCCCCAACUUGGAAACAGGCGCGUGUAGCAAACAUAUUAUCUGGAAAUUACUGUCAGCCAAAAUGUGCAGAGCCCUGGGUGGAGGUUAAAUUUGAAGAUGAAAAACAGGGAAAAGUCCAGGUAGUUGCUUCACCUUUGAUACGCCUUACCAACAAACCAAAUGCAUCAAUUGAGGACAUUGGGAGCCCAGAAAAAGUGAUUGCUUCUCUUGGGCCAUUUGUCACCGGAAGUACAUAUGAUCCAGAUGAACUCCUUGAGACUUCAGUUGAAAAGCUUGGUGAUCAGACGUACUACAAGUAUGAGCUUGAAACUCCAUAUGCUCUUACGGGUUCACACAAUCUUGCAAAAGCAACUGCAAAGGGAAACACUGUUGUUUUGUUUGUGGCUAGUGCCAAUGACAAGCAGUGGCAAACUUCUCAGAAGACUCUAAAGGCCAUCCUUGAUUCCUUUGAAGUCUAGUUUUCUAUAGAAGGUAAAUAAGAAAACUUUACCUCCAGAUGAUUUCCUUCUAGUUUUUGUUCAUACAAAAUGACUGAGCAAGAGCUGUGUUGGCUCGGCCCCCAUUUGAAUUUUUUUUGUUUUGAGGUUAUAAUCAUAUUUUACAUGUUUUAAGAGUCUGGCUUUUUUCUUUUUCUUUGUAAAUUCCUAAUUAAGUCAAUAACUUGUUUUUUAUUUUCUUAAUUUAUUUUAUCUUUGUAACUAAAAGCUAAAAAAUGAAGG